AUGAUGCGGGACGACGCGGUGGCUGAACACACGGUGGCCAUCAAGGACGUUCUUCUUCGUACUGCAGAGCGCCGCAUGAUGGCACUCGGCGGCUUCUACGCAGACUUGCAACUCAGCGACGAAGUGCAGCGGGACGCCGUGCGGGACGUGCAACUCGCCCGCAUGUGGGAACAGCAACAAAUACGCCGCGCAGUGCGGCGGGCGGAACUCCACACCGAACGAAUGGCGGCCGUCCAGCAGGCGGAGGAUCCCGCAGCGGUGUCUGUUGCAACUGCACUGAACGCCCUCGCACGAGAUUUACGCUCGCGUGCAUUGGCGGUGCUGCAGGCGGAGGGAAAUGCCGCAGAGGCACAAUCGCAGCAGCAACUAGACGCAUACCUACACAUACACAAUAAGGAUAACAAGAGCAGGAGGAAGAGUAGCCACAGUGUGAACAAGAGGGAGGAUGUAUCAAUGCGAAGUGAACUGCCGCGUGUGGUGCUGAAUAUAAACGUGGGUGGCGGCCAUGUGGAUCGGCUGGUGGUGCGGGAUGGCGAUGAUGUGGAGGAACUCGCAGCGGCGUUUGUGCGCCGGCAUGGACUACCGCAAAGUGUAAUCCGUACACUUGUGGAAGAGGCGCAGGCAGCAUUGGAGGAGGAGGAGGAGAAGGAGGAGAAGUGGAGGAAGGGCGAAUAA